UUUUUAUUGCUAAUUUGCAAUACUUCUUGUAUAAAUGGGUAAAUAAAGCCCCAUUAGUUCGUACUAUCCGUAUUUAUGUACGUAUGUAUAAUGUAGCGACGUAAUUGCUUGAAUGUUUUUGAAUGUGCAUGGCGAUAAUUACAGAGAUCUGAGAAUAGAUGUCAAUCAUAACGCUGUCAAUCAAUCAUUGGUUUGGAAUUGCACGUGUUCUGUUCGACCGCAUUCUUCGUUUUCGGAAGUUGUUAUGUAAUCCAAGCUGAUAAACUUGCCUUUUUUUGAAUUGUGAUCGGAAAAUAUUUCUUUCAAACUAAAGAUUUUCUAUUUCAUCGUGUUAGCUACGCCCUUGGGAACCGAGAUCGGAGUAUAACUAAACUUUAGGGUUGUCGCUAUGAGCUCAGCCUCAGGCUCAGCCAUAAAAACGAGUACCAAGCGAGGGGCAAGUAGCUGUCCUCAAUGCCAUGCUACUUACUUUAACCGAUAUAAGCCACCGAACUGCCCAACGUGCAACUACGAUCUGGGUGGCACAUAUAUUCCAAGAAAGAAAGCGCGUUUGGCAAUACCAGAAUGCACUGAAAUACUUAAAGGAGAAAUGGCAAUAUAUUCAUCAAAGACCAGCUGUCACGACGACAGAUGUUUGCUGGUGAUUGAAAAGAAUGGAAAAAUUUGUCAUCACCCAGAGUGCAAGGACAUGCGGGCUGUUCUAGUAAACAGCGACCAACUGGCAAGUUUUGAAUGCAAACAUCUGGAAAAGGUGAAGAACUCCAUUGAACCGCUGGCAAAAUACAUCAACUUCCCGGUGCUGGAGGCAUAUCCGUGUGAUUUAACAACAAAAGCUGCACUGACCGAAGUAAAAACGACAUGCGGCGAACAUUUACCCAUUGCAGUUCAGGUUUCCCCAACAAUGUACUGCGUUUUUGGAAAGCCGACAGCUAACAACCCAGUUGGAUACUGCCAUGUCCGAGUGACGGAGACCACUGUGCGAUGCUGUUCGAAAGAUUGCAAGAUGAUGAUAGGAAAGAGCAAACAACUGAAAUCGAAGUGUCUCUGCAUUCACGUGCAUAUGCUCCUGUGCUUGGGUAUUGUCAAGAAAGAUUCACCUGCGAUGGGCAACGCCAACGACGAACCUACGCACAAUGCCGUCAACGCCGAGAAUGAAGACCACCAACAAGUUUCGGAAAGCCUGUCACGCUCAAAUACAAUUGAGCUAAACAUGAAACGUUCACUGCCUACUCCCAUUCCAAAAGAGAUCAUUUGCAAACCAGGAGUAAUAGAUUCGUCACCUGCUGGGUGGCCAGAAAUCCUUGAGCCAUCGGAAACAUUAUGUGGUUUAUGUAGUAGUCCUCUUGGGGAAGGGAAAGCACACCAUGGUUCUAGAGGGAAAUCGUAUUUGUUGACGGAGUUGAAUCCCUUUAAAGAGAUAAAAGUUCGCGUGAAAAUGUGCACCAACACUAACUGCUCAGCAAUGAAUCAAAUUUUCCCGUAUGAGCUUGGUCUUUUCAACAUAAGCGACAAGAUUCUAGUCCCGUUUCAAAUUUUGCUGGAAUGGAGAGAAUUAUUUAGAAAAGGAGUUCCAAUCUCAAUAGCGAUAAUAAGCAAACUUAAUGCGAUGGCAGAAAGGGCUGCAGAGCCGCCUGAACGAAAUGUAAUUGAAAACUUGGCAAACUACAUUUACAAUGGCUACUACUGCUUCGAGGCUAUCACUGACCGUGAUUUAGAUUCUGUUGUAUGUGGGAUAUGCGGUGUCAUCGGAAAUGUGUACUUUGGCGAUGGAAAUGAAAAAAACUGUUGCGGUAUUGGCCAGAUAGACUAUACGCAACCAGAAAAUGUAUCUGAAAGUUCGCCCCCGACAUUGGAACCCUUUUUAAAUAAAAUAAAACGGCGGUGGGUAGAAAGCACCUCAUAUACGAAAACAGCAGAAAAAUUCAAAGUGCACGUGGCUGAUAUCCCACCUGUAAUUGCUCCGUCAAUGAGAGGCACCCGCCUGUAUAACACAGAGCUACAGAAGAACAGCACAUUUCUGAAAGAGAAUAAAAGCACAAAAGGUGAUCCUGCAUUACUGCAUUCCAUUAUUCGAGAAGGAAAAUUGGAUAUGACCAAGUUAAGAGAGCUUGAUGAAACAUCGCUGAAGUCCUUUUGCCAAGAUUGUCGAAUCCCAAUCGGGGGGAAGUCAAUGGAAAAAAUGCGUGUUGCAUUGCAGACCUUAUAUGAAACACUAUUGGUGGGAUCAAGCCCCUGUCAUGGCUUUACGAAAGUUCCUGGUCAAACUGGUGGUUUUUACCAUAUAGUUUGUCGUCAUGGAGUGACCGCUGCUUCGAAAUUCUUAACUCUGCAAGAAUCUGUGAGAGAUGCUGCAGACCUCUACCUUUCCUUCAAAUAUCCACCUUUGAUGUUCCUGUGUGAUACAGCAUGCGGUUUCGCUCGCCAUAUGGAUUGCCGUGUUCCAGAAGUAGCAAAUCAGCUAUGGGGAAAAUUUUCUGGAUGUUUUGAAGAACCAACUUUGGGGAAACCUCCUGCUAAGGAUAACAGUGUGCCAGUGCUUGCUACUGCCGAGUAUAGGAGUGAGGCCACAGAAGCAACCUGCUAUGAUGAUGGGACAUUUAAGCAUCCAAUUACUGGGAAUGCAAGAAGAUAUGUACUUGGUGAUAGGUUUCAUAAUUCUGCGAACCCGCACAAGUCUCCUUUAUGUGAUUAUCACGAUAUUAAUCUUCUCCUGCAAUCAAAUACCAUCAAGACAAGCUACCAGGAAUAUAUUGUGAAAAAGCAAAGGCAGCUGGCAGCUGCUAAUUUGAAACCAAAUCAGGAACUGAAAAGAGACAGGUUUCAACGUUUUGUUGUUAUUAACAAUGAGUGA